AUGGCGACUACGAAGUUUCGAGUCGAAACCCGCAUCAGCCAUGGCAUUGCUCAAGAUAUGGUAUCAUCUUUGAUUAUAGGCAGUCAAGCAGCUGUGCUCGUUGAUGUCCCCUUGACUAUUCCUCAAGCAAAAGAGCUUGUCCCAUGGAUCCGCUCGCACACCAGUCUGCCAUUAGUUACGAUAUUUGCCACACAUUUCCACCCAGAUCAUUAUCUUGCCGCUCACGUCAUCUUGGUGAGCUUUCCUCAAGCCAACUUGUAUGCUACCGAAAAGACAGUGGCUUUGGUAAAGGACAUCAUCGAGGGCAAAACUACAUUCUGGAAGUCGGCGCUGGGUGAUGACAACAUCGCCACAUCGCCAAUAAUCCCUCAAGCCUUUCUACCGACCUUCUUUUCGCUCCCAGGGGACGACAUUGUCCACCUACUUGGGCCUGUCAACGGAGACAGCCCUGAGCAGACUAUGUUCUGGAUCCCCUCUAUCAAAACAUUGAUUGCCGGCGAUGUCGUAUACGGUCACGGAAUGCACAUGUGGCUCGCUGACCUUGAUGAUCCGUCAAUGACGAAAGCAUGGCUUGACUCUUUGCGAUUAAUCGACUCUCUUGGCGCAGAGAGAAUUAUUCCGGGACAUGCGCUUAAUGACCAAGAAGGUUUCAAUGGAACUAAAGACACUGACCACACACGAGCAUAUGUCAGCUUCUUUCAAAAGGAGAUAGAGUCGAAACCGAGGGAUGCCUUUACGCCAGAAGAAAUCAUUGCUAAGUUUGACGAUGCUUUUCCUGAGUUGGCAGAGGCAAAAGAGGACUCGACCUCGAAGCUUUUACUACAGAUCAACGCUCAGCAUUUUGGCAAGGGAGGCCAGCGACAAAAGCACGAUAUUGAUCUGGUUUCACUCCAAAAGUCUUACAACUCGACCUGGAAUUUUAGCAAGAAAUGA